AGCCACAAGACUCGCCUGCACUAUUCUCACUCCGGGUGAGAAUAGAGGUGGCCUUAAUUUAGAAUGUAGGAGUGUCGGUACCCGGAGUGUCUCAUUUCCACACUCCUUCUACUAGAUUCUAAAUCCAUUCAUUUUUGCUCAGCUCUCUAACUUUUAUGAUGAAGUAAUAUAUAAUAUGAGAAGGUUUUGAUCAAGACCCGUGCUCUUGGCCCAAACAACUCUUGUGGUUCCGCUGGCACUGAUGAAAAACCUGAGUAGCAAAUGGCAGCUCCAACUUGACACUGGGGUCCUGGAUGUGUUAACGCAUGCCGAGAUUUAUAACUUGUGAGAUGUGAUUGGAGAGCAAACUUUCAAGUGCAGCCUUUGUGCCUUUAUAAGUAACUGAAAGUGAGGAGAGAUAAAAGAAUAAGAGAAAAUGUCAGAGAAAGGAGGUGGAGCGGAGCCCAGUCGGGGAACGGCCAUCACCCUCUACAACAGAUUUGCCGAGCUGAUGCUGGUGGUGGGGCUGGACGAGAACACGGGUCUGGUCCCUGUGAAAAAAGAUAAUGAUAGUGACGAUGGUGAAGACUUGUUCAGCCGACUGUUUUAUGACGAGUACGAGGCUCAAGUCCUGGCUGCAGUGUCUGCCUUCAAGGCUUUGGUCUUCCAGCCGUACCUUAUGGAGGAUCCGAGUUAUCCCCCUUCUCCUGAAUCACUGGCGGUGAUGAACAGUUUUCACACUUUGAGGACCCAGUCUAUGGAACAGCGCCCCCUACAGGGCAAAAAGUCUUUAGCAAAGCGGACGUUGUCGAUAAACCCAGCAGUGAUCAAACAGCACCUCAGCAAGAAUGAGUCUUCCAGCAGCUCCUCUAAGAAUGUCAUGGAUCUCCCACUCUCCAAAGACACCAUAGAGACCAUCACCACCUUUUGUUUCCCAGAAAACGUUCAUGUGUCCAGAGAUAAGCCGGACAGCAACAUCCACUUUCUGGUGUUGACGGAUGUGUCCGGGAGCAAGACGUACGCUGCCUGCCUCACGUUUUACAAGCCGUACAAACUCGAGAAGAAAGAGGACGGGACCAUCAGCUACAGCAUGCAGUCCCUGGUCGGCGUGGAGGCAGACGUGAACACGGCCUUCUGCUACAUCCCUCAGUGCUGUGUGCUCGUGUCCAAGUACCCCUACUUCUACGCCAUGAAGGAAUGUCUAUCCUGCAUGAUCAGCCACGUGGAGCGAGACCUGGAGGAAAUGUUUCAGUUCAUCAAGGACUUCACCUACACCAUGACCAUGGCCCCUGUGCCCCCUGCAGGCAACGUCAUAGUGGAAAUGAGCAUGUACAACCUGUCUGUGUCGAUGUUCCCGUCCGAGUGGCCCGAGAAACCCGUGAUUGAUCUCCCUUUGCACCUAGUCUUCCUGUGCCUUCCGGUGGACGACAUCCUGCGGGUGUUCACCGCCAUCUUGUGCGAGGAGAGGAUCGUCUUUGUCAGCUUCAACUACGCUCUUCUCACAACAGUUAUGGAGUGUUUUCUGUACUACGUGCUGCCGUUCAUAUGGCGGUUCACAUAUGUGCCCAUAUUGAGUGCGUCAUCACUGGAGCUCCUGGAGGCUCCAGGCACAUUUAUGAUGGGUUGUCAUUCUAAACAUCUCGACGUGGUGGAACAGGUGGAGGGCCUGAUGGUAGUGAACAUAGACGAAGGCACAGUGACCAUCAACGCCUCCAGCCUCCCCCUCACCCGCGCCUUCCACCACUCGUUGACCCAGUCUGACUUCCACAUCCUGGAGAGCCCGUCGUCCCAGAUACCCAACAUCCCUGAGGAGCCGGCCAAACUGUUCAAGAAGAUCUGCAAGAGAGCCAAGUUCCAGAUGGAGCUGUCUGAUGUGCAGAGACCGUUCUACUAUGACAUAGAAGAGGAACGGGCAUUCCGCAUGAAGAAAUGUCUGCAGUUCAACACAGAGAUCAGUUUUGCCUGUCUGGAGAUGAUGGUGAACCUAUUCAGGGAUGUCCUGGCGUACUUGAGGCCGGAGCUCCGACGGUUCAACAAGCAGCAGUUUCUGGACAACCUCCGUCUCUCUGACCGGCCGUUUUACGAGAAAGUCCUCAACACUGACAUGUUCAAACAGUUCCUCGAGGACCGCAUGAAUGAAAAAGUGGACUACUGGUCGGACUAUGAGGCCAAGACUCGACCCUAUGCCAAGCGGCUCAGCAUCGCUCUCGACUCUUCCGCAGGAUUGUCUCUCAGACAGCAGAUGAAGCCAAUGCGUAGCCAGGUGUCCAUAUCUACUUAUUCCUCCCUCGCCCCCCGAGUCUUCGAGAUCUUCCGACUUCCUGCGCUGAAUGACUCACCAACGUACGUGAAGAAUACCAUCAGUAUGCUCAACAAAACAAUAGAGGAGUGUCGCAACCUCCAGUACCGCUCCUCCUACAUCUACCUGCGGGGCAUGUUCCACGCGGCCGAGGGCAACGUCGGCGCUGCACUCAACGACCUGCUCAGUUUGUACGCCCACAAUGCCCGGCUCGUGCCCACAGAUCUGGUGAGGAAGCUUUUGCUCCUGGUUCCCGAGUCAGAGCGAGAGGACAUGCUUCGUCGCAAGGGAGUUAACCACCUGAGUGAGCUCUCUUUGGAGCAAGAAGUUGUCAACACUCGACGCGGCUUCACCGAUAAAGUUUCAAUUCCCGAUUCAGAUCUCAGUCUGGAGGAGUUUGUGGAGACGGUGUCUUUGCUGGAGAUGGCCACCGACUACGACACCAUACAGAGGCUAUUUUUGGCUCUCGCACAGCCACAGCGGAUGACACAUGUGGAGAAAUAUACGUUUGAAGUUCUCCGUCUGAGCUACGAGGAGAACCAGUCCCAGUGCGAAGCUCUCAACCUCCCGGAUGGAUGUCUGCAGUUGAACGAGUGCAUCUUACGAGUGUCCAGCCUCAUCAAGACAGACCUGGGAAUGGGUCGAAUUGUUCUGACUGAUAAAAGGCUGUUCUUCAUCAAAGACGUGAGCAACACGUACAGGGAGAUCAUCAAGCUUCGGAACAUCACUCGACUGGAGCGCGUGCAGAGCCACUCCUUCCUGGUUGCGGUGGACGCGCUCGUUGUCACUGACGACAACAAGGUCAAGUUCUCCGCUGCUUUGAAGGAAGAGCGCAACUGCUGGGCCACGCUGAUCGAAGAAAUGCGAGCGGGCAAGAUCGUUGCCGAGGCUACCAAAGACUUCACAGCGAUUGGCCAGGCGGUGCAGAAUGUGCUGCUAGUAGAUGCCAUCAUCAGAAGCGGUCAGGACAAAGGCACUACCCACCACAACAACAUCGCGCGUGCGGCCGAGACGGUGUGUUACUUCACCUCCUACAUCUCGGAGGGCCGACACAACCUCCCACCCGCCACACUCAGCGCGCUGCAGCACCGCGUCGACCCCAACAUAGGGCAGCGCGAGAGGAACACGGUGGAGAUUAUGCUCUACACGGCGGGAUACGCCAGCAGCAGCAUCCCUCCCCGUCUGUGGUGCGGCAUGGGCGACGGCAAGGUCAAGGUCUUUGAUGCCACAAACUGGACACUGGAGCGCAACUUUGUGCAGACCAAGCACACAGUGUCGGCAAUGGUUGCCGUGGGAGACACGCAGGUGUGGGCGGGGUCGCACGGGAUCUUCAUCAUCGAGACGGAGACUAUCACCUGCAACAAAACCCUCACUGAACACCCGGACCUGGUAGUGGACAUUGAGCUGACCAAUAACGGCACGUGGCAGAACAUUUCAGCUCGGGACCUUGAGGGCAACCAUCUCCAGAUUUUUGAGCAUCACGACUCGACCACUGGGAAAAUUGUGGAGCUGGACUGCUUCGAGAUUUUCAACGAUGAGAUCUGGGCCGGCUGUCGUCGGGAGGGGCUCCUAGUCAUAUGGAACGAGAAAAGCACCAAGCUGAAGACGACCUUGAAACCCGACUGCCGUGGAGUGAGCAUCAUACUGCCAUUUGGGGACAAGGUAUGGGUGGGGACCAAAGACGGGACCAUCUAUAUUUUCAACGCUCACACCAAGCAGCUGUGGAAGACGAUCAAAGCUCACGACGAUGCCGUGCGCUCUCUGUGUGCCGCUGAGUCUCGCUACAUCAUGUCGGGCUCCGGCUCCAAGGACGGGAAAGUCGCCAUCUGGAGUCCCAAUCUGGAGAACGGAGAUACGGAAGGUUGUUUGAGUAGUGAAUAAUUUUGAGAACGGAGAUACGGAGGGCGGUUUGAGUAGUGAGUAAUCUGGAGUAUGGAGGUACAGAAUACAGAAGGAGGUUUAAGUAGUGAGUAAUCUGGAGAAUGGAGGUACAGAAUACAGAAGGAGGUUUGAAUAGUGAAUAAUCUGGAGAAUGGAGGUACAGAAUACAGAAGUCGGUGUUAGUAGUGAAUAAUCUGGAGAAUGGAGGUACAGAAUACAGAAGGCGGUUUUGAGUAGUGAAUAAUCUUGAGAAUGGAAGUGCGGAAGGAGGUUUUAGUAAUGAAUAAUCUGGAGAAUGGAGAAACGGAGGGCGAUUUGGGUCGUGAGUAAUCUUCCUCAGAGUGGGCUUAUUUUUUGUUUGUUUGUUUGGGUGAAGAGAAACGGAUGGACAGGAUAACAGGCAUUUAGUGCAAGGGAAAAGUAUAAAAGACAAACAGAAAUGAUAGAGGGAAAGAAGAGAAAACAGAUCAGCCAGUGGCACCCUCCAACCACCCACAAUGUAGUUUUUAUGAAUGCCCUUUCGGCUCAUGGAAGACACUGUUAGUGAUAUGUGACUUUUUGUACAAAUGCCUUUCACCAAUGCCUUGAUUUUUAAACGAUGUGUUCACAAAUGUCUGAUCUCUGUCAAGACACUUCAGAAGUAAGUGCCUUAAUUUUUUAUAUGCGUGUAAAAAUCUUUAUUGUUACUAAGGACAUUUUUACAAAUGUCUUAACCCGGGUGCCAAUUUUUCCAGAUAAAUCCCUAAAUCCGGAUUUCUGAAAUUGUCAUAAUUUUUGCCUGCCCUCAAGCUGACUUUGUAAGAAAUAGUCUUGAUCCAGGAAGUAUCUGACAAUGUGAUCCGUAAAUUUUGAGUCCCCACGCUCGCGUUUCCAUAGGAUCCGAAAAGUUCCGGAUUUUUUUGGGGCAGUUAAUUGGCACCUCUGUUAAGUAAACUAUUUGAGAUGUGUUCUUUAUUAUACGAGCAUAAAUUUGUUUUUGUUUGUAAGUGAACGGAGGUUGCAAUAGACAAGAAUUACCAGGUAUCUCUAUCAUUUUAUAUUUUGGGGA